ACAUUUUCUACCAAUUCAUUUAGUGAAAUUUGAUUCUCUCAAUGGCAUUUAAGAACAGUAGCAACACCAAACCAACCAAAUUGAGUCACAUCUUUCAAAACCUAUCAUUAUCUACCUUAUGGAAAUCCUUAACAGUUUCCGGUGCUCUACUUUUCUUGCUACACACAUUUGCAUUCAACAAUCCUCAUAAAAUGAUGACCCAUAAACUCUUUGCGCCUCUUGACCUUACUUUCUCCUCCUCUUCAUCAUCUUCCUCGUCUUCAGUAUCAUUGUCCUUGCAAAUUACAAGAGAGUCUCCUACAAAUAUCAGCCAUCUAUUUUUUGUCAUUGUUGGUAGUACAAAGACUUGGAGAUAUAGGAGAGGCUACAUAGAGCCUUGGUGGAGACCAAACAUCACAAAAGGAUAUGUUUUCCUCGAAAGACCACCUGGCCGUGAUCUCUUGCCUUGGCCUAACCAAUCUCCUCCCUUUUCUGUCAACAAAGAAUCAUUCAUCACAAACAAAUUCAAGACUCAGAUCCGCCUUUUUUAUUCGCUUCUUGAGUCUUUUAAGAAGGCUUCCAAAGAGACAAGAUGGUUUGUGAUAGCAGAUGAUGAUACUCUCUUCUUCUUGGACAAUUUGGUCAAAGCUCUUGACAGGUAUGACCACAAGAAGCACUAUUACAUCGGAAUGAACUCGGAAAACGUUUGGUCCAACGCGAUUUUCGCUUUCGACAUGGGAUAUGGAGGCGGCGGAUACGCAUUGAGCUAUCCAACCGUAGUAACACUUCUCAGCAACAUGGAAGAAUGUAUCAAAAGAUACCUUGGAGUUUACAGCGAUCUUCUCUCAUUUCGUUGCUUGGCCGACUUGGGAAUUGAUCUUACUUUAGAGAAAGGAAUGCACCAGAUUGAUCUACACGGUGACAUAUCAGGUCUCUUAUCAGCUCAUCCACAGUCUCCUCUUAUCAGCCUUCACCAUUUCGAUGUCAUAGACCCGAUUUUUCCAGGCAUGACCCGCCAGCAAUCCGUGAACCACCUCAUGAAAACGGAUCAGUCCCGUGUCUUGCAACAAACAAUAUGUCAUUAAGGCGUUUAUAAAUCGUCUCAU